UUACAAUGAUUGUCAAGCCCACAUGUUCGUGCUAGUGUACUCUUCAUUGUGUAUAUCAAUACAAUGCGAUUCCAAUGUAUAUGCCUAUUUACCAGCACUUUGAUUGGGUUUGUGUGUGGUUAUAAAAUUUUAAUUGUGUCACCUCUUCCAUCGCAAAGUCACUACAUACUUUGCCGUGGAUUAGCCGCUGGAUUGGUUAACGCAGGUCACGAUGUGACAUUUAUUACACCGUUUAAUAACAAUCCGCCGAAAGGAAAUGGAUCAUUUAAAUAUGUUGCUAUCGGGAAUUGUAUGGAAGAAUUCUUUAAAGUUGGCGAAAAGGAACGCAAUUACUUCGAAAUAGAAAAAUCCUCUCCAUUGAUGAAUUUACCGCUAAUGAAUGUGUUUGGAGGAGUUUGUAUGAAGCAAGCAUUUGAAAACGAGAACGUUAAAAAUUUACUUCGAUCGAAUGAAAAAUUUGAUGCUGUUAUUAUGGAGUCUUUAUACACUGACGGUCUAGCAGCGUUUGCUUGCCAUUAUAAUGCACCCCUCAUAGCGCUCAAUCCCGUGGGAUCUGCACAAUGGAUCAACGAUCCCGUUGGUAACCCAACUCCACCUUCCUACGUACCCAGCAUAUUUUUCGGAUUCUCCGAUCGUAUGGACUUUUGGCAACGAUCUCAAAAUUACUUAUAUAGUAUAAUAUCAAGUUUAGGGCAUAAACUGUACACGUAUCCUAGCCAAAGUGAACUGGUUCGAAAACACUUUCCGAAUUGUCCAAGCGUAGAUGAAAUGCAAAGAAACGCAGCUUUAAUUCUCUCCAAUUCGCAUGAAAGUACUAAUUAUGCAACAACUAGGGUGCCAAAUAUAAUUGACAUCGGAGGAUUUCAUGUCAAUCCAUCUACCGAAAAAUUGCCCAAUGAACUGCAGAAAAUAAUGGAUAGUGCCAAGGAUGGAGUGAUAUACUUUAGUCUUGGUUCGCACGUGAAGCCAUCUCAUAUGCCAUUAGAGAUGAAAAAAGCCAUGAUAAAAGUACUCGGUUCAUUAAAACAGACGAUCUUGUGGAAAUGGGACGAUGACAAAUUCCCCGAUGGUGCUCCUUCGAAUAUAAUAGUAAGGAAAUGGUUUCCACAACAACAGAUUUUAGCUCAUCCGAAUGUUAAAUUGUUUAUAACACACGGGGGUUUAUUAAGUCUAACUGAAGCUAUUCAUUUAGGUGUUCCGAUGUUAGCUCUACCCGUUAUAGGGGAUCAGAAAUUAAAUGCAAUUAGAGCGGAAUUACUAGGCGUUGGUAAACGGCUUUUCUUUGCCGAUCUAACUGAAGAGUCAUUCAGAUCUGCUUUAAAUGAGCUGCUUACAAAUUCAAAGUACAAUGAAAACGUGAAAUACAGAUCGAAACUGUACCAUGAUAGGCCUGUGAAACCGUUGGACCUUGCGAUGUAUUGGAUUGAAUAUGUUAUUAGACAUAAGGGCGCACCUCAUUUAAGAGUAUUUGGCAGAGAAUUACCUUGGUAUACUUAUUACUGCGUGGAUGUGAUAGUGUUUUGGAGUACAAUUAUUUCGAUAACUCUCUUCAUUAUUUUUAAACUUUUUAAAAGGAUAUGUUGCUCUAUUCGAAAGGACAAAAAAAUCAAGAGUUCAUAAAUUAAUUAUUUGUAAUUGUAUUUUUUUAUUGAUUAUUAAAAUUGUUUAUGCAU